AUUUACGACACGCUAUUGCAACAUCUCCCGUGCAAAAAGAAAUAAAACAUACUUCGUGUUCAACAGCUUACGCGUAACCGCCAAAAUUACAGACAGAAACGCCAUCUUGUGCAGAGAUGUUGACAUUUUACUAAAUUGGAAAAGAUUAUAUGAUCGCUAUUUAUUCGAGUCCCACGACUCGAUUUCUGUAUUUAUAAAUGUUAAAAAGGUGCUAACUUUAUAUACUAAUUAACGCGUCAUCCAGGCUUUUCAUUAUAAGAAGUGUACGUAACACAAAUUCAUAAUGUUUUACGCACACUUCGUGUUGGCCAAAAAAGGGCCACUGGCCCGUAUUUGGUUAGCCGCUCAUUGGGACAAAAAAUUAACAAAAGCCCACGUAUUUGAGACGAACAUCGAAAAGUCUGUAGAUGGUAUAUUACAGCCAAAGGUAAAAAUGGCUUUAAGAACAUCCGGACACUUAUUGCUGGGUGUAGUGCGUAUAUACUCGCGAAAAGCUAAAUAUCUGUUAGCUGAUUGUAAUGAAGCCUUUGUGAAAAUAAAAAUGGCCUUUAGGCCAGGUAUGGUAGAUUUACCAGAAGAACACAGAGAGGCCGCAGUAACAGCUAUAACAUUGCCCGAAGUGUUUCACGACUUUGAUACAGCAAUGCCUGAAUUGAAUUCAAUGCAAUUAUUCUAUUUCAGAGAUGUUGAUAUUGAAGCACAAUUUAGUUUAAACCAAUCUCGAGCAGAAGAAAUCACAAUGAGGGAGGACUAUGGCAGUUUAGCUUUGGUUACUCACGAUCAAGGAUUUGGUGAUAUGAGUUUUGAUGCAGAACCGCCAGAAUUAUUAAGACACGCUGGGUCUGUAGAACCAUCUUUAGAUCAGACUCAUAUGUUGUUCACCGAUGGGCCAGGGAUAGAAGCAGCUUUAGAACAAAAGGAGAAGGAGCCAGUUCCAGGUCCAUCGGUAACAGCACAAGCUAUGGAUAUUGACAUGCCAAUUAGAGAUGAUGGCUUUGGCGGACAUCUUGGUCAAGAUAUCAUAUCUGGUGGCUUAUUUGAGGGUGGUUUAUUUGAUGAAGCGCCAAUGGGUGAAGUACCUGUACCUGAAGUUAGCGGAGUAGCGGAACCACAAGAACCAGGCGCAAUUCCUGGAGUUGCACCUUCUGUCCACGAUGAAUCCGAAGAAGAAAUGGGGGAUCGAUUUGGAGGGCCACCAUCUCCUAUGGGAGGGAUGAGUUCUGAUGAGUCCAGACCUGCCUCUCCUGCUGUAGCUGGUGAAGAAAUCGAAGGAAGAAUAAGUGUAGCGAGUCGUCGAUUUACCCCUGCUCCACCAAUGAUUCCCGAAGAACGUCCAAUGGAGGUUAUCGAAGAAACACCACCUUUACAAGACCAAACUACGUUAUUGCAUGAUGAAGAAGAGAGUUUUGCUCUUGCGCCAGUUGAUACAUCUGCUUUAAAAGGAUUCACAAAAGCAAAACGUAAACGCAAGCUCAUUGUUGAUGAAGUGAAGAAUAUUUCUGGCGAAGAAAUGAAAGCACAAUUAUCAGACACUAGUGACAUUAUAACUACAUUGGACCUAGCGCCUCCCACAAAGAGAUUAAUGCAUUGGAAAGAAACGGGUGGAGUUGAGAAAUUGUUUGCUUUGCCAGGCAGACCAAUACCGGCACGUGUAUUAUUCAAGAACUAUCAACGACAUCUAACAAGCAAAUCCUACGAUCACGAGGACUUUGGACGUUUAGCGGGCGAAGAGGAAGGUAUGCCUUUAGAACAAAUGAGAGAAGCUGCAGAACAAGAUUCAUACGAACAAAGUAUUUUAAAUAAACGUAUGGCUCGAAAACGAAAGAUACCUUUAGAGGCAGAGAUAAGACCACCACCUCCAGCACCAGCACCACCUCCACCUCCAAUGGACAUUGUUUCCGAAGCUGUGGAAGUUCCGAGUAUAGUUUCCCAACCAAGCCUUCCUCUUGCAGAAUCACCGGUUCCACCCGAAGUAUCUUUACCAGCAGAACCAUCAGUGUCUGAAAUUAGUGGUAUUGUACCUCCUGUUGAAGAAGUAGAAAUGAUUGCUCCAGUUCCUGAUACACCUUUAAUUUUCCCACAAAUACCUGAAAUUCCGUCAACCGAAACCCUUGUUGCGCCUGAAGAACUAGUUCCACCUACCCCAGCAGAACCAGAAGUUGUUAGUGCUGUACCAUCUACUGAAAUGCCACAAAUGGAAAAUAUGGGCUACGAUCAGGCACAACCUCAAGUACCGUACUUGGGAUACGAUGAACAUCCUGUACCACCCCACACACCCGCUAUAUCCGAAAGAGGACCGGCAACUCCAUGGAAUCACGAAGAUUACGAAUUCCCUCCGUCUGUAGGACCUCAAGAAGAACAACAAGUAGAUGAAACUUAUGAACAGUUCGAAGAACGGGUCCUUAAUAAAAGAGCAGCGCACAUGUAUCACGUUAUUAAGAGCAAACUGGAUACCAAAGAUAGAUUGACAUUAGCGGAAAUGGCAUACAAAAAUAAUCGCAAGCAGGUUGCACAAAAAUUCUAUACAUUAUUAGUUCUUAAAAAGUUUCAAGUAUUAGAGCUCCAUCAAGAAUAUCCAUAUGCUGAUAUUAUAGUCGGCAAAGGAUCAAAAUUCGAGAAUCCUGCGUUAUAAAAGUAUUAGGUAUUUCUCACCUUACGUUUACUACUAAAAAUGAUCAAAAAAAAAAAAGAAGCAGAAAGAGAAGAAUUGUAGUUAUUUUGAGACGUACAGAGAAAAGGAACGAUUUAUCUAAAUUCUUUUGAUAGAUAAAUUGUACAUGUAAAAUAAUAUAUGAAUCUAUUGUCAGAAUCUUGGGGUAGCUAAUAAGGCAAAAGAAUUUUGUAAAUCAUGUUUUUAACACGUGAUUCGGGAAUGUAUACGUUUUGUAUAAAAUCAAGGCAGAAUUGUUUUGGACCUUCUGCAUUUUCAUCGCGCUAAAAGAUUCAAUUACAUGUACAAAAAAUGUUUGCUAUUGAAAAAUGCAUAAUUUUUUACUUCGGCAAAAAGAUCAAUUGUCUUCAUUAAAUUUAUUAUCGAUCCGAACAGGGUUUGUAUAUAAUAUAUUAAUAUGUAGUCAAAACAUAUUUUAUAUCUUACUA